GAGGGGAAGGAGAGAGGGAGAGAAAAAGGAAGCUGUCCGAUAAGUUCUUAGUGUGUUUGUUCAAAGUUCCACAAAGUUUUGUGAAGGCGAGGCUGCGAUCGGAGGCCGAGUGGAGGCCAGAGGCUGCAGGUGGACCUCUGAGGGGGGACGGGCCCAGGAACCGUCAGCUGAUGACAACAUUCACCCUGCUCAAGGCUUCAGGCCUCGACUGACCACACAGAGAACCUGCCCAGAAGAAGCGCCAUGUCCUCGGACCUGAACUCCAGUCUGACCAGCAUCGACUGGCUGCCUCAGCUGGGAAUCAGCAGCCUUCGGUCGGGGAAGGAGAGGGGAGGAGGAGGAGGAGGAGGAGGAGAGAGGGAGAGGAGGAAGGACCGGGGCAGGGACCGGGGAGACUUCCUGCCCUCGGUACCGGACCCCGCCCCUGCCAACUGCAAGGGGAAACCCCCCCACAGCUACGCCACGCUCAUCGCCAUGGCGAUAGCGGCAGCACCUGAGAGGAAGCUGAGUCUGAACGACAUCUACACCUGGAUCAGCGACACCUUCCCCUACUACAGUCGGGCAGGGCGCGGCUGGAAGAACUCGAUCCGACACAACCUGUCCCUGAACAAGUGCUUCAGGAAGGUUCCUCGGCCUCAGAGCGACCCCGGCAAGGGCUCCUAUUGGACGAUGGACGGACCCUCGGAGGCCAAUCAGGUCCGAGCACCGAAGCGUCCGUAUCCAGAGGAGGACGAGGAGGAAGAGGAGAGGAAGGAGGUUCCUCAGACGGAGGCUCCAGCAGACCGAGGCCCUUCCCCUCCUCAGCCUCACCCCGCCUCCGAGCCCUCCCCCCAGGCCGCCUCCCUGUCUCCUCCCCCCUGCAAGGUAGACUCACCUGUCCCCGCCCGUCCUCGGGUCUUCAAUGAUUCAUCGCAGGUGUCCAGUAGCUCACACAUUACAUCAGAGGACGAUGAAGAAGCUAAUGUGCUGCUGAUUACUUCUUCUUCUCUUUCCUCUGCAGCCGACAUCGUUCCCUUCAUCCUCCCAAACAACGACACUACUCCUCUUCACACUCCGACUCUGCUGCCGAUGUCUCCUCAUCCUGUAGCUGCACCUCCUGCUGCACCUCCUGCUGCACCUCCUCCUCCUGCAGCAGCUGAGACAGAACGCAUUUCACAACACACGGUGCCGCCCGACUGGUUCAGCAACACAGAUUCUCUAAAGGAGAGUUUCCGCAUCGCCAGCAGCCUGGACUGGGCCAACAUCGACCUGUCGGGUCACCCAGACCUUCUGGAGAGCAUGCGGCAGGCCGAGCUGUGCGACUGGGCCCUGGACCCGGCCCUCUUCACCUCCCUCUGCGACUCCCUGAACCGCUUCUUCACCCAGAGGGGGAUGAUCACGUCGGGCGGCGGCUCGCCUCAGGCCCUGCAGGCCCUGCAGCCGCCGGCCUUCCCCUGCAACCCUCCUCCCACCCUGGCCAGCCUCACCCACCCCUCGCCGCUGCCCUUCCCCGCCGCGGCCCCCAACGGAGCCCAGCCACCCCGUCGGGUUCUGCCCCUGCAGGGUCCGAACCUGCAGAGGCCUCAGCUGACGCAGCCUGCAGCCGCUGGGAUUCACCCUCCGGCCUCCAGGCAGCGUCCGCCGCUCAAGAGCCUCCACAGCAACAGCGAGGAGUUCCAGGACGACUUCGACUGGGACUCUCUGCUGGUCUGACCGCAGACGACCAGUCCAACCAGUUAGUCACAGAAUCAGGUCUACGGGGGGUUUAGACGUGACCGGCAGGUUUUCUUCUGGGUGGAAAUGACACAAACCCAGUACAAUGGUGAAUAUUUAAACUUUUUCUGCUUUUUUUUUUUUUCACAUCACGCCCAGGGUGAUUCCUGCGUCUGUCACGGUCCCAACGCUUUGAUCAAAUCCAGUCAUUCCAUUAAAUAUGAUCAGAUUUCUGCUCAAUCAUCAGAUUUUCCUCAAAUGUUUACAGCAUAAAAUGGAUCAUUAUAGAUGUUUGUGAAAUUUUAAACUGACAUCUUGAACCAUUUCUACAACAAAUUCUGCUCGACCGGCUCUAAUUUGUUUUGUAGCAUAAAAUACAAACAUUUAUGAAGAAAUUUCUGACAUUCCAGCUUCACGUUACAUAUUUUCUGAAAUAAAGUUUCAAAAAUCUGCCCGUCGACUCGCUUCCAGCAGGUUCUUUUUCUCACACUGAAAUUUAAAACAUCUGAGGAACUAUUAAAGAUAAAAACCUGAAUUUUUCUCCGUUAUUUCUCACCAUGUCCUUGAUUUAGAAUCUGUCAUCUUUAGAAAACGUUCCUGAACCUCCAGAGCUCUGCCUGCAUCAGACCAUCUGCUAAUAUUUUAGUUUUUGUGCUACAACUCGUCAAAGCUGCUCAAUCAGCUUUUUCCUUUGCAUUUCCUGUAAGAACAUUUCAUAAUAAAAGCAUCCUACAUAGUUUAGUUUUGUAUUACUGUGAUCUGCAGCUACAUGUGGUUCAGGAAACAUCACGGGUUCACUUCUGCUUUUCUAAUUUUUGGUUCUGAAUGAGCUCAAAGACGAGACUUUAAGACAUUUCGUGGGUUUUUUUCUCUCCAUUUUUUUCCAAAUCUGUUCCUGAUGUUUCAACUCAGCGAUAAUCAGAGAAUGUUUGAUCAACGUGUCCGAUAUGACAGACUCAGAAUCAUGAUGAGAAAUAACAGAGAAAGUUUCAGGUUUUUAUCUUUAGUCGUUCUGCUCAAACCAAUUUCAAUGUGAGAGGAAAAACCUGCUGAAAGUGGCAGAUCAAAAACAAAAAAACCUGUGAGAGUAUUUGAGAUAUGAAGCUCAAAUUUCACAGAUAAAAUUGUAAAUAUUCGUAGUUUAUGACAUAAAAGUUUCACGUCAAUCAGAGCUGGUUUGCUCCGCCGUCGUCAGAUUGAACAACCCUGAUCUACGUUUAAUUUAACUCUAUGUGGACAUUUGUAGUAAAAAUAAACCCAGAAAUAGUUAAAAAAUCCACCAUAAACACCUGUGACAGGACGCCCUCGUCACUUGUUUUCAUCAUUUCAAAGCAGAAGAAAUCCGUCCGUCACAUAAAAAAUCGACUAUAAACCAGAAAGUCCGACUGAUUUGUGGCUCAGCUGAACACAAACUCACUGUUGUACAUGUUUGAGCUUCUCUGAGAGCCAAUCUGGGAUCAAGUUUGUUCUGUCGACUUUUUUUCUUUUACUGAUGCUGUACAAGUUAAACGUUCUGCUGCCGGUGAGAAAAUAAAAGUUCCUCCUUCUUCUUCUUGUGCAAUGAAAAAAAAACCAAAAAUAAAAAAAAGCCAAAACGCA